CGCCUCUGAGGCCCGGCGCGGUGCAGUUCGGGCUGCCCUCCCAAACCGUCCUCCCUCUUUCUCUAGAACUAGAAUUCUUCACCUUCUUCCGAUCGGCGAUCCUAUCCAGAUCCCUCGAGAAAAAUACCAAAAAUAUCGAGAAAAACCUUAAAAAAAAGGAGAAAUCGCUAUUCCCUUUUCUCUGCGAUCUCUAUAUCUGUAUCCUUUUGAAUCCCUAAGAGGAAGGAAGGUUUGCUUUUGUUGUUGUUGUUGUUCUUGUUUUUGUUGUUUUUGAUCUCCUAGGGCUUGUGCCAAAGGAGCGCGGAUUAAAGGGGAAAAAGGGGUUUCUUCUUGGAUCUGAGAGAUGGCGCAGGUCCAGGCUCAGCCGCAGGCGCCGGUGUCCGGACCGGCGGGAACGGGGGUGGCAAGCGGCGGCGGCGGGGGGAACCAGUUCCCGUCCACCUCUCUUUACGUAGGGGAUCUGGAGCUGAACGUGACGGACGCGCAGCUGUUCGAUGUGUUCAACCAGGUCGGGCAGGUGGUGUCGGUUCGUGUUUGCCGGGAUAUCAACACCCGCCGCUCCCUUGGCUAUGCCUACGUGAACUACAGCAAUCCGGUUGACGCGGCGAGGGCAUUAGAGAUGCUGAACUUUACUCCACUAAAUGGAAAGCCUAUUCGGAUAAUGUAUUCAAACCGUGACCCUACCAUGCGUAAAAGUGGGGCAGGCAAUAUAUUUAUUAAGAAUCUGGACAAGUCAAUAGACAACAAAGCACUAUAUGAUACAUUUUCUGCAUUCGGAAACAUUCUUUCUUGCAAGAUUGCCACAGAUCCAUCUGGUCAGUCGAAAGGCUAUGGAUUUGUUCAGUUCGAUCAAGAGGAAGCAGCGCAUAAUGCCAUAGAGAAGCUAAAUGGCAUGCUUUUGAAUGACAAGAAAGUCUUUGUUGGACCUUUUCUUCGUAGACAAGAUAGGGAGAACACUGCAAACAGCACAAAAUUUAAUAAUGUAUUUGUGAAAAAUCUCUCAGAAUCUGCAACAGAGGAUAAUUUACUAGAAAUUUUUGGAGAAUAUGGAAAUAUUACAAGUGCUGUUGUAAUGAGGGAGGGUGAUGGGAAGUCAAAGUGCUUUGGAUUUGUUAAUUUUGAGGAUCCAGAGCAUGCUGCCAAAGCUGUUAAGGAACUUAAUGGGAAGAAAUUUGAUGGUAAAGAGUGGUAUGUUGGAAAAGCACAGAAAAAAUCUGAAAGGGAGAUGGAACUAAAAGGAAGAUUUGAACAGAGGAUGCAGGAGGCAGCUGACAAAAAUCAAGGGGCUAACUUAUACUUGAAGAACUUAGAUGAUAGCAUUGGGGAUGACAAACUGAGAGAAUUGUUUUCUGAGUUUGGCACAAUUACUUCUUGCAAGGUUAUGCGUGAUCCCAAUGGUGUAAGUAGAGGAUCUGGAUUUGUUGCUUUCCAGUCUCCUGAUGAUGCAUCUAAAGCUCUGGCGGAGAUGAAUGGCAGAAUGAUUGGCAGCAAACCUCUCUAUGUUGCACUUGCGCAGCGUAAAGAAGACAGAAGAGCAAGGCUGCAGGCACAGUUUUCUCAAAUAAUGCGUCCAGUGGCGAUGCCACCUUCGGUUGCACCUCGUGUGCCAAUGUAUCCUCCUGGUGCUCCUGGUAUGGGACAACAGCUAUUUUAUGGUCAACCACCUCCUGCUCUUAUACCUCCUCAGCCUGGAUUUGGCUUCCAACAGCCACUUGUUCCUGGGAUGAGGCCUGGAGUGGCUGCUAUGCCAAAUUUUUAUAUGCCCUUGGUCCAACAGGGUCAGCAGGCCCAACGCCCAGGUGGUAGACGUGCUGGUCCUGUGCAACAAACACAGCAGCACCCUAUGCCACUGAUUCAGCAACAGAUGCUUCCUCGUGGGGGACGUGCCUACCGCUAUCCUCCUGGGCGCAACAUGCCGGAUGUUCCGAUGCCUGGUGUUGCUGGAGGAAUGCUCUCUGCCCCAUAUGACAUGGGGGUCAUGCCCAUGAGAGAUGCUGGCAUGUCACAACCUAUUCCAAUUGGAGCAUUGGCUUCAGCUCUUGCAAAUGCUAGUCCUGAGCAGCAGCGGACGAUGCUUGGUGAGAGUCUAUAUCCACUUGUGGAUCAGCUGGAGCAUGAGCACGCAGCCAAAGUGACGGGCAUGCUUCUGGAGAUGGACCAGCCUGAAGUGUUGCAUCUGCUGGAGUCCCCAGAGGCCUUGAAAGCCAAAGUUGCCGAGGCUAUGGAAGUUCUGAGAAAUGUUGCUCAGCAGCAGCAGCAGGCCAGCACCCCAGCUGAUCAGUUGGCGGCUCUGUCUUUGAAUGAUGGCAUUAUUAGUUGAGUUGAUCAUUUAGUCCUUCAGAUUGUUAGGAGAUUGUGCUUGAACAAUUUGGAUUGGUUUGAGCAGCAGAUGGUUUUGUGGUGUGUUUUUCUUUUUAUUUUAAAUUUUCGAACGGGCUUUCUAGUAGGCUUGACUUUUAUGUUUGCGGACAAUAUGUUGUUUCAGAGUUCAUAGGAUUUGUGACUUUAUGUUUGCCA